GGAGAGGGACAUUUUUGAAGGGUUUAAGCUCUGGUGAAAAGUUUGCAAAGGAAUUUGGAGGAAUUUUACUCGUCGAGAAUGGAAGAGCAGAAAGAGAAGCAAGAGAAAGUGCUGGUACUUCCAUGGAUGCGAAGCCCUGUAGAUGUUAGCCUCUUUGAAGAAUGCCCUCUUUCUCUUGUCCCUUGCCUCGACCCCAGGUUGAAGGUGGCUUUGCAGAACAUGGGCUUUGCUUCGCUCUUUCCAGUUCAAGUUGCAGUUUGGCAAGAGACAAUUGGGCCUGGUUCUUUUGAGCGCGACCUGUGUGUUAAUUCACCGACUGGUAGCGGAAAGACUCUAGCUUAUGCUUUGCCUAUAGUGCAAGCACUGUCAACUCGUGCUGUUAAGUGUCUGCGCGCUUUAGUCGUUUUGCCCACUCGUGAUUUAGCCUUGCAGGUCAAAGAGAUUUUUUCUGUGAUUGCACCUGCAGUGGGAUUAUCUGUUGGUCUGGCCGUUGGGCAAUCUUCCAUUGCUGAUGAAAUUUCUGAACUAGUCAAGAGACCUAAGCUUGAGGCUGGCAUUUGUUAUGACCCGGAAGAUUUUUCACUUGGGUUACCAAGUUCGGUGGACAUAUUAGUGGCGACACCUGGAAGGCUGAUGGACCAUAUUAAUUCAACUAAGGGUUUUACACUUGAGCAUCUUUGCUACCUUGUCGUUGAUGAAACAGAUCGAUUACUCAGGGAAGCAUAUCAAUCUUGGCUGCCUACUGUGCUCCACCUGACUAGAUUCAAUGAUGAAGGUUUCUUUCCUCGUGCUCACACUUUUCUACCUUCUUCCCUUGGUUCCUUAAAAACCAUAAGGAGAUCGGGUGUUGAGAGGGGAUUUAAGGGUAAGCCUUACCCAAGGCUUGUAAAGAUAGUUCUUUCUGCUACUCUGACCCAGGAUCCAAGUAAGCUUUCUCAGCUUGCUCUACAUCAUCCGUUGUUCUUGACAACUGGGAAAAGGCGUUAUCAACUUCCAGAGAAAUUAGAAUCAUACAAAUUGAUGUGUGAAACAAAACUCAAACCUUUAUAUUUGGUUGCUCUUCUGCAAAAGUUAGGAGGGGAGAAGUGCAUUGUUUUUACAUCAUCGGUAGAGUCCACUCAUCGUCUAUGCACCUUACUAAACUUUUUUGAUGAUUUGCCAUUCAUAAUCAAGGAGUAUUCUGGCCUUCAACGCCAGUCUGUAAGAAGUAAAACAUUGAAAGGGUUCCGAGAAGGGCAGAUACAAGUACUUGUUUCGUCUGAUGCAAUGACUCGUGGAAUGGAUGUCGAAGGGGUGAAAUAUGUGAUUAAUUAUGAUAUGCCUGUGUACAUAAAAACAUACAUUCAUCGGGCAGGUCGGACUGCAAGAGCAGGUCAGGCUGGACGUUGCUUCACUUUGCUGAGUAAAGAUGAGGCCAAACAUUUCAAGAAGCUGUUACAGAAAGCAGAUAACAACUCUUGUCCUGGCUAUGCUGUUCCUUCAAGUUCUAUUGAAUCAAUGCACUCAAUUUACACCUCUGCACUCGAGAAAUUGAAAGAGACUGUUGAGAUGGAAGCAUACCAGAAGCGCAAAAUGGGUUUCAAGUCGUCUAGAGUGGGGAAAAGAAGUGGAACACACCCCUCAAAAGAAUAGCAUGGAACCACUGAAGUAUUUCCAUCUUUUAAUAUAUGGGAAAGAACUUGCAGGUGCUGAGACUUAAACCAUCUGGGUUGGAAUUGGAUCAACAUGGAUGAAGGUUGCUAGCUAAAAACAAAAGAAAGAUGCCAUCUGAGCUUUGGAACAUCCAUAAGAGGAGGAAAAAGACACUUUUUGCAUCUUCAGUUGUAUUAGGUCGCCGCAGCAAACAGGCAAAGAUUUACCAAUCAAACGGAAAUUAGCAAAAAUACG